AUGCCCAGAGCUGCCGCGAGCCACCUGGAACAGCCGGACCCCUGGGAAGGAGAGGCACGAGGUGUGCCCAGGCAAAGGACCUGCUUCCUGCAGCCUUGCAAGGUCAAGUCCCCGGCCUUCCCUGGAAACCUCGAGGAGGCCCCAGAGAAGCGCAGGGUCCGGCCCAUGCGCUCCAAAGCCCGGCGCAUGGCAGCCAACGUCCGGGAGCGCAAGAGAAUCCUCGAUUACAACCAGGCCUUCAACGCCCUGCGGCUGGCCCUCCGGCACGACCUGGGGGGCAAGCGGCUCUCCAAGAUCGCCACCCUCCGCCGCGCCAUCCACCGGAUCGCCACCCUCUCCACGUCCCUCCGGUCUGGGCCUGCGGUGGGGUGGUCCUGCGCCCACGCUGAGUGCCAGCUGCCCCGGGGCGAAGGCGGCUUUAGGGACAGCCAGACCAAGCUCUUCCAGCCUCUCUGGGAACCUGGAUACAGUAAGGGGCCUCCAUUUCAGCCCAGUGCGACAGCAUGCGUGAAGUGCCGCCCCGAAAACGCUUCCCAUCACUUGGUCGAAAACCCCAAAGAGGGCACUUAUGGAUCCAGCCCUGCCUGUUGUCCAGCCGGCACCCUCCUCCUGGCGGGCCGAGCCCCCUACCAGCAAAGACUUGCAGAUGGCGGCAUUCAAAGUUGCCCUGGUCAUUUCCCCUGGAAGUACGGCUUGUUCUGA